UCAUCAGGCGGAAUGUGGGCGCUUGUGCUGCUGGGCGCCCUGCUGCUGCCAGGGCACAUCCUGGGGCACGGCCCCCACACCCCGAGCGACUACGAUGAUGAAAUGGGGCAGGACACGGGUGGUGGCGGCACCCUGGAGGCCCCCGCCCAGCCCCGAAGCUUCCCGGGCCAACUCUGCCUUAACCAGAGUCACAGCCUGGCGCUGUCCAACCGCUCCCUGGAGCUGCUGCUCGGCUGGGUGCCCACCAGGCUGGUGCCGGCCAUCUACGGGCUGGUCCUGACCGUGGGACUGCCGGCCAACGGGCUGGCCCUGUGGGUGCUGGCCACGCGCGUGCCUCGGCUGCCCUCCACCAUGCUGCUCAUGAACCUGGCGGCCGCCGACCUGCUGCUGGCUCUGGCGCUGCCCCCGCGCCUCGCCUACCACCUGCGCGGCCAGCGCUGGCCCUUUGGCGAGGCCGCCUGCCGCCUGGCCACGGCCACCCUCUACGGCCACAUGUACGGCUCGCUGCUGCUGCUGGCCGCCGUCAGCCUGGACCGCUACCUGGCCCUGGUGCACCCGCUGCGCGCGCGGGCCCUGCGUGGUCAGCGCCUGGCCACCGGCCUCUGCAUCGCCGCCUGGCUCGCGGCGGCCGCCCUGGUGUCGCCGCUGCUGCUGCAGCGCCAGACCUACCGGCUGCAGGCCUCGGAGCGCGUGCUGUGCCACGACGCGCUGCCCCAGGACGCGCAGCUGGCCUACUGGCGGCCGGCCUUCACCUGCCUGGCGCUGCUGGGCUGCUGCCUGCCGCUGGCGGCCAUGCUGCUGUGCUACGGGGCCACGCUGCGCGCCCUGGCAGCCGCUGGCCAGCGCUACGGCCACGCGCUGCGGCUCACGGCGCUCGUGCUGGCCUCCGCCGUGGCCUUCUUCGCGCCCAGCAACGCCCUGCUACUGCUGCACUAUUCUGACCCGCGCCCCGGGGCCUGGGGCGACCUGUACGGCGCCUACGUGCCCAGCCUGGCCGUCAGCGCCCUCAACAGCUGCGUGGACCCGUUCGUGUACUACUACGUGUCGGCCGAGUUCAGGGACAAGGUGCGCGAGGGGCUCCUGCGCCGGCCGCCCCGGAGCGCAGCGGCCUCCAAGGCGUCCGGAGAUGGUGCGGGCCCGGGCUCCGGCGGCGCCACGCGCUCCUCGUCCCUGCUCUGAGUCGGGGGACCCUCUGUCUGAGUCGGGGACCCUCGGGCGCCUCUCUCUGAGU